AUGAUAGGCGACGGUGUCGAUCACUCGCAAGACGCGAAUGAAAACCAAUAUAAUGAUGACAGGUUUUCUAGCGCUAGUGAUGAUGAUAAUAACGCAGUUGAGGUUACUUUUGAUUCAGGGAAUCCUUACCGGAGGAAAAGCUCUUUAAUACAUAGUGAAGCAACCACAGCCCAGUUCGGGACAUCUAGAUCUAGGCCAUCGGCAACUCAAUGUUUAGUACAUCAAUUUCUUGAGGGCCAUAGGUAUGAUCGGCCCAAAAGUGGUAACCGAAAUCAUGAUAAGCAUAAACAUGAGGAAAUCACUGACGAAGUUGGCCUGGAUGAAUACGUCGAACCUAAAGGGAAAGCUGCUAGCCAGCCUGAGCAUGCAUCUACAACAGAAGCGGACAGUGAUGCUAGCAAUAAUAUAGGACAAGUUGAUGAGAAAGCAUGGAGGAAAGCCGUCAAAAAAGGCAAAACUGGCUUAGAUCAUCAUCAGAACCUCAACAGUCGACUACUUACAAAAAAACAGCUGACCGAUAUGGCCUGGGGGGUCCGGGAGCUUAGUAGAAGAUUAGGAAAUAUAAGGCUCAAGUUUAAGGCCAGGAGCAUCUUCCUCUUAACAAAAGCGUAUGACCAUGAAUUAAUACCGAAGACGAGACAGAUUGCGAAAUGGCUCCUUAGUAAAGAUAGGGACGUUCGGUAUACUGUCUACGUGGAAGAAAGCCUGCAGAGCAACAAAGGAUUCGAUGCGCCUGGAUUGUUACAGGAACUUCGCCAAGAGUAUAUGGACGCCGGUCAGAUGGACACCAAUACUCCGAAAGGCGCAUUGGACAGCCGCUUACGUUACUGGAACGAGAAGAUGUGCCAUGUGCGACCACAUACAUUUGACUUCAUUAUUACCCUUGGAGGUGAUGGAACAGUGUUGUAUGCUAGUUGGCUAUUUCAACGAAUAGUACCACCAGUACUUAGUUUCUCGCUGGGUAGUCUCGGAUUUCUCACCAAGUUCGACUUCAAUGAGUACCAGGACAUACUUUCUACAGCCUUUAGAGACGGUGUAACAGUAAGCCUGCGUCUACGAUUUGAGGGAACAGUAAUGAGAAGUCAAAAGAAAUCGAGCCAACUAGAUCAAAUUAACUACGUGGACGAGAAAGGGGAUCAUCGCAAGCGAGAUCUUAUAGAGGAACUCAUCGGUAAAGAGCGGGAUGAUGAACAUACUCACAGACCAGACGGCACUUAUGAGAUCCUCAAUGAGAUCGUGGUGGAUAGGGGCCCGAAUCCAACAAUGUCCAAUACCGAAAUCUUCGGGGAUGACGAACACUUCACAUCUGUGCUCGCAGACGGGAUAUGCGUAUCGACGCCUACGGGCUCAACAGCCUACAAUCUCGCAGCAGGCGGUUCGCUCUGCCAUCCAGAAAACCCGGUAAUGCUUGUGACUUCGAUAUGUGCGCACACGCUAUCGUUCCGGCCUAUAAUCUUACCAGAUACGAUCGUGCUGCGCAUCGGAGUGCCGUACGACGCGCGCACCAACAGCUGGGCCAGCUUCGAUGGUCGCGAACGCGUCGAACUCCUCCCCGGCGACUACGUAACUAUUAGCGCCAGUCGGUUCCCGUUCGCCAGCGUCCAGCCUCAAGGACGAAGAAGUGAGGAUUGGGUCAAGAGUAUCAGCGCCAAGCUCGGCUGGAACACGAGGCAGAAACAGAAAAAUGAGGGAUAUGGACGGUGGGAUCAUUAG